CAUCCUUCUUGACUUUCACCCCAAUUGUAUUUGUCUCGACCACUUGUAACUGUAGCGAAGAUGGCCCCUAAGAUGAAGAAAUCCUGUGGACAGAGCAUGCACGAGUGGAGAGAGUUCUUAUGGAACCCAAGGAGCCGGGAGUUUCUCGGCAGGACUGGCUCCAGCUGGGCACUGAUUCUGAUGUUUUACGUAGUCUUUUACACUUUCCUAACUGGUCUCUUCAGCCUGACCAUGUGGGUGAUGCUCCAGACCGUUAAUGAAUACACACCAAAGUACCAAGAUCGGAUCACAAACCCAGGUCUGAUGAUCCGCCCAAGGACAGACAGCCUACUUGUUACGUUCAACAUAACACAGGAAAGCACAUGGCAGGCACACGUCCAAGCCCUCAACGCGUACCUGGACUCCUAUAAUGACAGUGUCCAGGUUUCAAACAACGUCCAGUGCAAGCCAGGGACAUACUACCUGCAAGAGGACAGCGGGGAUGUUCGGAAUACCCCAAAGCGGUCCUGCCAAUUCAACCGGACCAUGCUGGGCCAGUGCUCGGGGCUAGAGGACAAGACAUAUGGAUACAGUGAAGGGAAACCCUGCAUCCUCGUCAAGAUGAACAAGAUUAUCGGGUUCCUACCUGGCGAAGGGAAGACACCGUACGUGUCCUGUGAAGGAAAGGCAAAAAAUGAGAAAAACGAGUGGACCAAAGACAACAACAAAGUUCACGAACUCCAGUAUUUCCCUUCCAAUGGGACCUUGGACCUAAUGUACUUCCCGUAUUAUGGAAAAAAGGCACAUCAGGUGAACUACACGCAGCCCUUGGUAGCCGUGAAGUUUGUGAACGUAACAAACAACAUGGACGUCAACAUUGAGUGCAAAGUCUACGGCUCGAAUGUGAAGAACGACGAUGAGCGAGACAAAUUUGCCGGCAGGGUAGUCUUCACACUCAACGUAGGCUCAGGUGGAUCGGGAUCCUCUUAA